GAAGCACAGCCCUCUACAGGUGACAAUGAAGAGAGCGCUCUAGAUGCUUCCCUGCCAAAUGCUGAACCAUCCCCAACCGGCUCCUCCCGGCCUCCUCCAGCUUCCACACCUUCUCCAGCAUCGUCUGUCGCUGCUAAACCUGCCGAUGGCACCACUGCUGCUUCAACCACCUCAGCCUCUUCAACCCAGGGGGCUACCACCCUCACCGCAUCCUCAUCAUCGUCCUCUUCCUCCCCUGCGCCAGGAGAAGCGAGUGCCUCAGGAGCUGGAGGCAGUAGCAGCAGCUCAACAACAACUGAUGGGGUGAAGCCCAGGCAACAGGCCCCUAAUGCUCCAGCAUCAGAUCCUCUUCCACCAGGGUGGGAGCAGAGAAAAGAUCCUCAUGGGAGAACCUACUAUGUAGACCACAACACCAGAACUACUACCUGGGAGAGGCCACAGCCAUUACCUACAGGAUGGGAACGUCGAGUGGACGAUCGGGGUCGGAUCUAUUAUGUUGACCACAACACCCGCACCACCACGUGGCAGCGCCCUACGAUGGAAUCUGUGCGCAACUUUGAGCAGUGGCAGAGCCAGCGCAGCCAGCUGCAGGGAGCUAUGCAUCAGUUCAACCAGAGAUACCUCUACUCUGCAUCUAUGAUGUCUGCUGAGAACGAUCCUCUUGGCCCUCUUCCUCCUGGUUGGGAGAGGCGUGUGGACUCUAAUGACAGAGUUUACUUUGUGAACCACAACACCAAGACGACACAGUGGGAAGACCCAAGAACCCAAGGGCUACAGAAUGAGGAUCCUCUGCCUGAAGGUUGGGAAACCCGGUACACAAGAGAAGGAGUUCGCUACUUUGUGGAUCAUAACACCCGGACCACCACUUUCAGUGACCCGCGUACCGGAAAGUCUUCUGUCACCAAAGGUCCACAGAUCGCAUACGAACGCAGCUUUAGGUGGAAGCUCGCUCACUUCCGCUACCUUUGCCAGUCUAAUGCCCUCCCGAGUCACGUAAAGAUCAACGUCUCCAGACAGGCACUGUUUGAGGACUCUUUCCAGCAGAUUAUGGCGCUGAAACCAUACGACUUGAGGAGGAGGCUGUAUGUGAUCUUCAGAGGCGAGGAGGGUCUGGACUAUGGUGGCUUAGCCCGGGAGUGGUUUUUUCUCUUGUCCCAUGAAGUGCUGAACCCCAUGUACUGUCUGUUUGAGUACGCCGGCAAGAGCAACUACUGUCUGCAGAUCAACCCGGCAUCGACCAUCAACCCAGAUCACCUCUCCUACUUCUGCUUCAUAGGCCGCUUCAUUGCAAUGGCCCUUUUCCAUGGGAAGUUCAUUGACACUGGUUUCUCUUUGCCUUUCUACAAACGAAUGUUGAACAAGAAGCUCAUCCUUAAAGACCUGGAGUCUAUUGACCCUGAGUUUUACAACUCACUCAUAUGGAUUAGGGACAACAACAUAGAGGAAUGUGGGCUGGAGAUGUACUUCUCUGUGGACAUGGAGAUCUUGGGGAAGAUCUCUUCACACGACCUGAAACCUGACGGCUCUGAAGUUCUGGUCACUGAAGAAAACAAGGAGGAGUACAUCAGUCUGAUGGCAGAGUGGAGGUUUUCCCGUGGGGUCGAAGGUCAAACCAAAGCUUUCCUGGACGGCUUCAAUGAGGUGGUUCCACUUCAGUGGUUGCAGUACUUUGAUGAAAAGGAGCUGGAGGUGAUGCUGUGCGGCAUGCAGGAGGUUGACCUUCAGGACUGGCAGAGGAACACGGUGUAUCGUCACUACACCAGGAACAGCAAACAGAUCAUGUGGUUCUGGCAGCUGGUGAAAGAAGUGGACAAUGAGGUGCGGCUGCGGCUCAUGCAGUUUGUGACGGGGACCUGUCGGCUCCCUUUGGGCGGCUUUGCUGAACUUAUGGGAAGUAACGGACCUCAGAAGUUCUGCAUCGAGAAAGUGGGAAAGGACACAUGGCUUCCCCGUAGCCACACAUGUUUCAACCGUCUGGAUUUGCCUCCAUAUAAAAGUUACGAGCAGCUGAAGGAGAAGCUGCUCUUUGCCAUUGAGGAAACGGAAGGAUUUGGCCAAGAAUAGAGGGUCAACGUUUCCCUCUGCUACACCCCACCCCCCCAGCUGUUCGUUCAGCCAAGAAAAGCAAACAAAAGAAUUGCACAAUAUAACCACCAAUGUAUAUAAGCUAUUUUGUCAUUUUUAAACCAAAUCCUGAUUUGCAGCAUACUUCUGUUGCCGCAUUCCCCAAUCCUUAUAUAAUAUCUAUCUACCCUCCAUGGAAAUAUGCAAACAUUUCAUCUGUCUGCUGUUUAAAAACAGAAAUCCUCUUCUCCCACAGCUAAAUGGCUUUUGAAAAUUGACUUUUUUUUUUUUUUUUUUCUAGAGGAUUUUAUAGUUUAGGCUCCAACCUUCUUUUAAAGCUCUAGUUCUAUAGAGCUGUUAAAAGGCGAUUCAGUGCCUGAAAUUGUCUUUUCCUGUCGGACGGAUAGUGGUUUUAGAAAUCCUGCAUUCUUGCAUGCUGCCUGUGAAGAUUAGACGGCUGCCUCGUCCGGCGCCGCGGGCGCGCACGCAGGAUCCCGGCAUCAUUGAAUGAGCUUCAGGUGCCACGGAUCUAAGGCACAGAACGUGGCUACCCAGUCGUUUAGAAUCGGGAUCGGAUUCCUUCUCUUCUCUUAGAGGGUAGGAAAUCUGACUCAUCUUUAAAUAUUUGUGGACUCAUAGGAGAUCUUAGAUAUUUUAAAAAUUUCAUUGAAAAACAAGCCAUUUGUGUGUGUGAGUGAAUAGUGCUGUUUUAUGCCAGAGAUGAUCCAGGCUAAGUUAGACUGUAGCCUGUUUGCACACUGUGACGCGACGAGAGAGGGGCUUUAGGAUGCCGAGCCACAUGGACGACUUUGAUAAUCUGCCGCUUUAAUUUGCAAAUUCAGAAAAUAUUCUGGCUCCGUUUGCAGAUAUUAGAGUCAGACUCUCGGCUGCAUCCGACUGUCCUUUUGAAGCCACUGUGUUUGAUGCAGCACUGCGUGACAUUUUCAACCCUUUAGCACGCGGUGCUAGCACACAAAUACAAUCCCAACCAUGACUACCAGAAUAUAUUUAGCCAUGAAUGUCAUGUAGUAAAGUGCAACUGAUAGUGUUGGGGGAAAAAGUACAACUUAAACAAGUGGGCAAAAUGGGGGAGGGGCUUAAGUUCAUCCAUGAUGCUCACAUUUGAGUUGAGAAAGCCUUAUUUCUAUCAUGCCUCAGCCCAUGUUUCUUUGUUUCCUUCCGUUCUUAAAGAGACAGUCCCUGUUUAUUUUCACAUCAGACUCUGCUUGUUUCAGCUGGAAGAGAGAAAUUAUACAUGCAGGCAGCGGGUAGCAGGUCUGGACUUGGAUCACUGCAAACUGCCUGAAGCUGCUCUCCUGGGGGGUAGCUUGUUAUCAGUGAUGUAAAUAACAUGUAUCCAGCUGAUGGGGAAGAGAGGAAGGAUGGCAUCGGUAGCAAAUGAUGGAGGCUUUUUUUUGUUUUUUUUCUUCAGAGAUCCAUCAAAACUGUGCUUCCUUUUCAGCAGAAACCUGUAAUCCAAAUCGGUUGUGUAUCUGAGUUUCGAUUGCAUAAAGUCGACAGUAAAUGAAGUACUUAAAAUAUUCAAAUCCAGCACACGCUGAUGGAAAUCUGUGAUGCCUUUGUCCUUUAUCAGAACAGCUGGGGGCGUUUCAGGUCGCAUGCAGCCGGCGAGUUGGUCCAGAUCGUGCUGCUCUAAAAAAAAAAAAAGCACAUUUUGACUCGCAUGGGGCUCUAGGCCUCCUGAAACGCCCCCACUCUAACAUAUCACGUGUAGAUACACACUGUAAAACACACACCACACUGUACAGAAUGCCCCUUUACUGGAGACCAUGUGUAUAGAAGAUUCAUUUUUAAUCUGCUUUCACCCAUUUUGAAUGGAGAGAGAUGGAUUUAUGAGAUACAAAUAAAUGACUAAACCCUGA